UCCUCCACCACCAAGACAUCCAUCACGACAUCCAUCAAUACCGUCGCCGACGACGCUCCGUCAUCCUCCUUACCGACUCCUCGUUGCGGCGCGACCUCAACGACAGCUCUUCCCGACACCGCUGCGGCUGCCUUUUCAGCUGACAGUUGGCGCUACCGACUCCAACCUCCGAGUGGAUUCCGCAGCGCGUCCACGACCUUUUGAAUAACACCAAAAACGAGAUUCGACCGCGCGACACAAGAGCUGAGAUUGCCGACAUGUACAACGCGCAUCGCGGUAUGGCUCCGGGCCCGCAGCCUGGCAGUCGUCUCGCGGAUCUGCUCGAGCAGGUGCGCGCCGAGUUCGACGCGCAGGUUGGACGCUCGUCGGAUCAUGAACACCAAUUGCAUAAUCAAAUCCAAGAGAUGGAUGUCAUCAAAUCGAAGAUUUACCAACUGGAGACGACCCACGUGGCCAUGAAGAACAAGUACGAAGAAGAGAUUGCUCGCCUCCGCCAUGAGCUUGAGCAGCGAGGUGGCCCAUCGCAAGGUCCUCAUGGUGCUUCAUCUUCUCAACCUGCUCCGCCAGCCAUUGGCCACGGUCCGGCCAACCUCUUCCAAGGCAUCAUGGCCGGCGGCGCUGGUGGUCCAGGCCUUGCUCCACCUCCACAAGAGCAACAAGGCCAGCCUGGUAUGCCCGGUCAUAUGCAAGGACAGAUGCCUCCUAGUUUGAACGCACCUCCUGGUCCACCGCACAACCCGUUUGCGUACGGUCAGCUCCAAGGUCCUCCCGCAGCUAAUGGAUACGGCUCGCAACAACCACCGCAGCCGACAGCCUCUCCUGGACCUGGUAAGCCUCGUUUGGGAGGACCUCCGGGUCUUCGUGGUCCUGCCACUCCUCAGCAGCACCCAGCAUCUACCUAUCCAGGUUCGCCGCAGGUCGCUCGUCCGACUCCUCCCCCGAAUCGUGAUGUACAAAUCGCUACCGAUUUCCAGUACACCCCUGCGCAACUUGAGCAGAUUGGCAACCAAUUGUCGGAAUACGAUGUGGACAAGCUCCCUCCGCAUUUGAAGCGCCAGGGUGACGACUGGUUUGCAGUGUUCAACCCCAGAGUGCACCGCAAGUUGGAUGUGGAAUUGGUUCACAGCUUGCCUCAUCAGAGCGUGGUGUGCUGUGUUCGCUUCAGUCAUGAUGGUCGUUUUAUCGCCACGGGCUGUAAUAGAAGCGCGCAGAUUUUUGACGUCAACACCGGCAAGCAAGUCUGCCACCUCAUGGACCAGUCCACCAACGGAGACGGCGACCUUUAUAUCAGAUCGGUCUGCUUCAGUCCCGAUGGUAGGUAUCUGGCUACAGGAGCGGAGGACAAGAUUAUUCGCGUCUGGGACAUUGGCGCCAAGGUGAUCCGUCACCAAUUUUCUGGUCACGACCAGGACAUUUACUCGCUCGACUUCGCCUCGGAUGGACGCUACAUCGCUUCUGGAUCUGGCGAUCGAACAAUUAGAAUCUGGGACCUCCAGGACAACCAGUGCGUGCUGACGCUCUCCAUUGAAGACGGCGUGACCACAGUUGCCAUGUCGCCUAAUGGACGAUUUGUUGCAGCAGGCAGUCUGGAUAAGAGCGUUCGCAUCUGGGACACCCGAUCAGGAGUCCUCGUCGAGCGUACUGAAGGCGAGCAAGGCCACAAAGACAGCGUGUACUCUGUGGCAUUCAGUCCUGAUGGAGAACACCUUGUGUCUGGAUCUCUCGACAAGACGAUCAGGAUGUGGAGACUCAACCCUCGAGCGCAAUACCAGCCCGGAAGCCUUGCUCCUCAGGCAAGAGGAGGUGACUGUGUGAGGACGUUCGAGGGUCACAAGGACUUUGUGCUUAGUGUGGCACUUACGCCGGAUGGCGCGUGGGUCAUGUCUGGCUCCAAGGAUCGUGGUGUGCAAUUCUGGGAUCCCGUGACUGGAGAUGCCCAGCUCAUGCUGCAGGGACAUAAGAAUUCGGUUAUCUCCGUCGCGCCGUCUCCGAUGGGUACGCUCUUCGCGACCGGUUCGGGAGACAUGAAGGCAAGAAUCUGGCGCUACGCUCCAUACGGCGGCCCUUAG